CAAUAGGAUUGGUUGAGUGUGGCACCAUCAGCAGGGCAGAGGAAGAGCUCUCAACUAUUCGUUAUUAUUCCACUUAAUUUCUUCAUUUUGUUGUUUUUAUGAAAUGCGGAUGUGUGAUUAUUGACGUGUGAUUUGUCGAAAGCAGCUGCAGGGCAGGCAGAUUAGCACAUGACACCCGGCAGCUGAGUGAAACAAUUUUGAAGGAUGAAUGAUUUGUGGUGUUAAAGGUAAUCAGUAAACAAUCAACUUAAACAAACAUGUCAUCCAGAUCAUCUCUUCUUAAAGUCAUUCUUCUGGGCGAUGGUGGCGUUGGCAAGAGCUCGCUCAUGAACCGCUACGUCACCAACAAGUUUGACGCCCAUCUCUUCCACACCAUCGGCGUGGAGUUCCUCAAUAAAGACCUGGAGGUCGACGGCCAUACGGUCACGCUGCAGAUCUGGGAUACGGCCGGUCAGGAGAGAUUUCGCAGUCUGCGAACGCCCUUUUACCGCGGCUCCGACUGCUGCCUGCUCACCUUCAGCGUGGACGACAGCCAGAGCUUUCACAACCUGGCCAACUGGAAAAAGGAGUUUGUCUAUUACGCAGACGUUAAGGAGCCUGAGAGUUUUCCCUUCGUGGUACUGGGCAAUAAGCUGGACGUGUCGGAGAGGCAGGUGUCGAGCGAGGAAGCCCAGGAAUGGUGCAGGGAAAACGGCGACUUCCCGUAUUUCGAGACCAGCGCUAAAGAUUCGACUAAUGUUGCGAUAGCAUUUGAAGAAGCUGUGAGGAGAGUUCUAGCCCUGGAGGACCGACAUGAACAUUUGAUUCCGACGGACACCGUCAAUCUGCACAGGAAGCCACGCGGCGGCACACCCUGCUGUUAAUGGACCACGCGUGUGUCAUAAUGAUCCAUUUACAUUAGCUAUUUAAUAGUCCUUUAGUGAACUGAAUGAGUCUGCAUUAUUUGUGAAUAUGCACUUGAAUAUCAACACUGGGUUGGAUCCAUUGGGUGACAUCUGAACUGUCUGAAUUGUUUUGAGGAUUCUGUGCGUUCAGUCAUUUAUAAAUUGUGAGAUUUGAGUUGAAGAGCAAAUGCAAAAAAUGCAGUCCAAAAAAUAUUUUUCUUAAUCAGCACUUUAUCUUGUUUUCUAGUUAUCUAAACAUCCUUUAAACAAGAUCACUUUGCUCAAUAAAUGUGUGUAUAAUGCUUGAUUUCAGAGAAUAUUUUGACUAAUAAAGUUUUCAUCCAUAACCUGUUACCAUAUAUUUUUUUAAAGUAUUCCUGUGGGUUAUAUGCCUAAAAAAGAAGGGAUUUCAUCUCUUAAUAUUUUGCACAAGUCUGCUUAUAAUGUAAAUGAAUAUCAUUUCAAGGCUGUUCAGAUGUUGAUACUGGAAAACAAGACAAAAUUGUGAUUAAGAAAACAUGUUUUUUGUUGUUGUGUCUGUUUUAUGUGAUUUUUUUUCAUCUUUAACUAUGAAUAACUAAUGCAGCUCCUGUAUUAUAGCAGGGCAGGUGUUUAUAAACUGUGACUGAUGUCUAAUAUAUUAACAUAACAACAAGAUUGUGUAGAGAGUGCCAAAUAUAAAUACUUAAUACUAAAAACAAGGUGGGGAGCUUAAAGGGAUAGGUUACCCAAAAAUGAAAAUUCCGUCAUAAUUUACUCACCCUCAUGUUGUUAAAAACCUGUAUAAAUUUCUUUGUUUUGCUAAACACAAAGUAAGAUAUUUAUAAUGAAGCAGGAAACAGAAGCACCAUUGACUUCCAUAAAUGGAAACAAUACUACUAUGGAAGUCAGUGGAGCUCAAACACAAUUUGGUUACAAACAUUGAUCAAAAUUUCUUCCUUUGUGUUCAGCAGAACAAAGAAAUGAAUACAAUUUGUAACAACAUAAAGGUGAGUAAAUGAUGACAUCAUUUUCAUUUUUGGGUGAACUAUCCCUUUAAGCACUUACUUAAAAAGCACUAAAAUCUUAAGAUUGUAGAAUAUUAAAUUGACAUUAAAGCAUAGUUAUUUAACAAUGAUUCAUGAAAUGUUUUAUUUGAUUUAAAGUUGUUAUGUAAUAAAUAAUAUGGUUGCAUAAUGACAUGUAGUCAACAUUUAAUUCAGAUUAGAUCCUUCUUUAAUUGUUUUAUGUAUUGUGUUAUUAUAUAUAAGGAAAUAUUCUUUGUAAGUAUUCAUCAUAAUAUUAAAACUGCCUCUUAUUUGAUUUUCCUUUUAGCAGA